AUGGAUGCAGCGGCAAGCGCAGCGGUGCGCCUACGGUCACCCACAAGCCAGUCGCAAACCUCUGUGGACCCCACGGAGCACGAGGUGCACAUGAAACAAUUGCAUGGACAAGCAGUCUAUGUCCUCAGGGCUCGAAUUGAUCACGGGGGCGUAUCCGCGAGGUCCCCGAUCUGCCCUCAGAGUCUGACAGGAGCUUUCCAGGACGCCCCUGUCAGAUCAAGCCUGGUGGCCUUCGACCAGCCCCCAAAGAGGCCCAGCAAGGAGGGUGCCCGCGAGUAUGCUCCGAUGGUGUGCGUGCCGUCUUGUUUCUUUUCCACGGUUGUGUGGCGUGCAAUGCAUCGCUUUGUUCUUGACAGCGAUCACACGCCAUAG